AUGAUAUUUGCAACUGAAGAGAUCCACAAAGACCAAUACCUUUUGCCAAAUGUUACACUUGGAUAUGAGAUUUACGAUUCCUGUACAACUGUUGCUGGAGCUCUUGAGGGUACAAUGAGGCUGCUUACAGGACAGACAAUGACAGUUCCAAAUUAUCAGUGCCAGACUCAUUCCUCAUUUGUAGCGGUAAUUGGUGAGUCAUUAUCUGCAACAUCAAUUCCUAUUGCUAGGCUGCUGGGACUCUACAAAUUUCCACAGAUAAGUUAUUCAGCAACUGUUACAACUCUAAGUGAUAAAAAUCAGUUUCCAUCUUUUCUCAGAACUGUACCAAGUGACCUCUUCCAAUCUAUUGGCAUUUCCUAUUUGAUUCUACAUUUUGGCUGGAAAUGGGUGGGACUUUUGUCUGACAGCAGUGACUAUGGCCUACAAGGCAUUAAUAAUGUAAAAGAAGAACUUGUCAAAGCUGGAGUUUGUAUUGCGUUUUCUGAAACAAUACCUGCUAUGUAUUCUGAGACGAAGAUUCAGCACAUAAGUGAAAUAAUUCAGAAAUCAUCUGCAAAUGUAAUAGUGAUCUAUUCCAUAGAUACUACUCUCUACCCUGUCAUGGAGGUGAUUGCAAACAACAAUUUGACUGGAAAAGUCUGGGUUGCCAGUGAUGCUUGGGCACAAUUUUACCUGUUUAUUAAGAGUGAGUUUUUGAGAACUUUACAAGGAACUCUUGGGUUUCUAGUAAGAAAAGGAGAGAUGCCAGGAUUUAAGGAGUAUAUUUAUAAUCUUAAUCCUUACAGCAAUCUAGAUGACAUAUUUCUAAAACAGUUUUGGGAAAUUGUUUUUAACUGUAAUCUGCAGUUCCUGAAUAAAAUAGAAAUGGUUAAUAAGAACUUGACUAAAGAAUCAAAAGAUUGUGAUGGAGAUGAAACACUAGAAAAGAUGAAACUGGAUUUUUUUCAACUCGAUGAUUUACGAACAACAUAUAAUGUCUACAAUGCCGUAUAUGCAGUUGCCUAUGCCUUAAGUGACAUGAUUUCAUGCAAACAUGGAGAAGGACCUUUUGAUAAUGGCACGUGUGCAUCAAUGCAUGAUUUUCAUCCGUGGCAGAUUUUCUACUAUAUAAAGAACAUCCAUUUUAGGAAUAAAAAUGGUGAAGAAGUAUUCUUUGAUCUGUAUGGUGACCCUCCAGCACUGUACAGCAUUAUAAACUAUCACGUCACAGCAGAAAACACUUUUAGGUAUGUGAAUGUUGGACGCUUUGACUCCGGUGCUGCAGAUAACCAAAAACUGAUAGUUGAUGCGCCCGCCAUUGUGUGGAAUGAAGGUCAUGGAAAGAUACCUCAGUCACUGUGCAGUGAAAGUUGUCCUGAAGGUUUCAGGAAAGCACCUCAACCAGGCCAAUCAGUCUGUUGCUAUAGCUGCAUCAUGUGUGCUCAAGGAGAAAUUUCCAAUGAAACGGAUUCUGUUUUGUGUAUGAAGUGCCCUAAAGAUGCAUGGCCUAAUGUCAGACAGGACAAGUGCAUUAAGAAAGCAACUGAAUUCCUUUCAUAUGAAGAACCACUUGGUGUAACCCUGACAACAGUUUCUAUACUCCUAGAAAUGGUUUCUGCUGCUAUCCUAACAAUCUUUAUAAAGUGUCAUCACACACCUGUUGUGAAGGCCAACAACCAGGAGAUUAGUUACUUGCUUAUAUUCAGUCUCAUGUUGUGUUUCCUCUGUCCAUUAAUUUUCAUAGGCCGUCCCACACAUGUGACAUGCAUGCUCCGCCAAGGUGUUUUUGGAAUCAUUUUUACAUUGUCUCUCUCUUGUAUUUUAGCCAAAACUGUUGUGGUUGUCAUUGCCUUCCGUGCUAGCAAGCCAAAUAGUAACCUACAAAAAUACAAAGGGCCCAGAGUACCAAAAAUGUUAGUUAUGUUCUCUACAUCUGUUCAGGUUAUAAUAUGUGUUUCUUGGUUAAUUAUCUCUCCUCCAUUUCAGGAUGAAAAUACAACCUCUGUAACAGGUAGGAUCAUUAUAGAAUGUAAUGAAAGUUCACCUGUGGCAUUUUGGUGUAUGCUAUCUUAUAUGGGCCUUUUAUCCACUGUAAGUCUUGUAGUUGCGUUUCUGUCAAGGAAGCUCCCAGACAGCUUUAAUGAGGCUAAAUUUAUCACAUUCAGUAUGCUGGUAUUUGUUAGCAUGUGGAUGUCAUUUAUCCCAGCAUAUCUGAGCACACAAGGGAAGUUUAUGGUAGCUGUGGAAAUAUUUGCUAUUGUAUGCUCAGGGUCUGGACUGCUGCUAUGUGUAUUUAUUCCUAAGUGCUACAUUAUUCUCCUUAGACCAGAAAUGAACACCAGGGACUACCUAAUGGGCAAGGGUGCAUUUAAGAAAGGAAAAGUUUGA